AUGGAGAGAAGAAACAUCCCGUUAAGCGAUCCGCAUCAUUCCACCGCCGAUCUUCUCUCUUGGUCUGAGAUCCGUCGUCCUGACCACUCCUCCGCCGCUAAUCGCUCUAACCAGCCGUCUGAUGGAGUCACCGAGGCUCUUGAUGGCUGUCGAGUCACCAACGAGGAAACCGAAUCGCUUAACACCAAGAAGAAUUGUUCAGGGCACAAGCUUAAAGAAAUGAAUGGGAGUGACUUGUUCUCUGAUAAUGGCAUUGAUGAACCUAUUCACAAAACAAUCAACCAUUACCAUCAAGAUCAGAAUAGCCAGAUAUCUUUCAGCGGCGAAGAGAAUGCGACUCCUAAGAAACAAACCACUGUAACCGAAGCUGCGAAGCAAAAGGAGUUGAGCAGGACCGAAGAGAAUGCGACUCCUAAGAAACAAACCUCUUUAACCGAGGCUGCGAAGCAGAAGGAGCUGAGCAGGACUGUUCAAACCGAAGCGGAUUCGAAGAGCAAGAAGAAGCAGAUGUCAAACUCCAAGAUCAAAUCAACCACUGGUCACGACAUCUUUGCAUCUCCUCUUCCUUCUGAAAGCCAGACUCCUCGCCGUUCCUUAGCUGCAACACAGCAAGAAGUCAAAGGAAACAAGAACGUGGAAGAAUCUGCAUCGAGGAGCUCGCGUGCAUCUGCUAAAGCCUCUAAUGGGCAAGGGCAAAAUGAAGAACAUGUGGUGAAGUCAUCGAAGAAGUUACAUAACCCGAGGAUUCAGCAACUCACGAGCAAUGGUAUCUUCAAGUCUGAUAAAAUUCCUCCUGGCUAUUCGGAGAAGAUGCAUAGCUCGGCUAAGUUGCGGGAAAUGAGCGGACACAAUAUAUUCGCUGACGGGAAGUCGGAGUACCGGGAAUACUACGGCGGCACAAGGAGACCUCCCGGUGGCGAGAGCAGCAUUUCACUGUCAUAA